UGUCUUCGUUGGCCGGAGACCCCCCACCUGGCUCCGGCCCCCUGCGUGCAAAAACUCUAAGCAGAGUGUGACACACACACACACACCCAUGGGCCUCAUGGUCUUGGUUGGGGAGUCCAAAUGAAUUGGGAAGUGAAGAUACUCCGAAGGUCCCAUGUUUUUCAAGACCUAACAUACAAAAUCGAAGAACAGUUAUUCUUCAGAAUAUCGAAGGACCAAGUGCUUGUCUUUUUGGGACGAACAUGAAGUUCCACCAAUCCCGCACUUCAAUCAGUGCCGUGUUUGCCGGAAAACAGGCACAGUCAUGUUUUUGUUGGUUCCUUCAAUCUCCCACCAACAACUCAAAGUCAACAGAACAACCCUUCAGACCACACCACUAUGUCCCCCAGCUAACUUCGUUGCAUCGAACCGUUGCAUGUCCCCCGGGCGCCCAUGGUUCGGGGCCGCCACCCGAGCACCCCGUGAGGCGCUGCUGCUCUCCCGGGCAGACAUCUUCGUUCGUUUGGUGGUGGGCACCACCGGCUUUAGCACCUUCGCAUACCUUUCCAAUGCCUUGCGGUCCCAGGGCGACUGGGCCGCUGCCUUGCCGCCGUUGCGGCGUGAGGGGUUUGUGCGGUGUAACUAUGUGGUGACCUCCAAGUGCGGGACGGAGCAUCGCUGCUUCGAAGCCCCUGUGGAGGUGCGGAUGGCUGACGUGAGUUGGCACGGGAAGUUUGUGACCGGUCGAUCGUGUGGCGAUGUGAUCGCUCGUUUGAAUCAGAAGAUUGGCUGCGACGGGCUGACGCCCAUUGGUGGCGACGCAACGGAGGAAGAGGAGCCGAUGCAAUGGAGAGAUCGUUGUAAACAGACAAUUUUUGGCAUAAUGUUGUUUCCAUAA